CUGAGCAGUUGUGCAGGGGAAUGAGGGCAUCUGUGGGUGGGGAGUGAACCACAACCUGUGGCAGAGGUCAGGGACAGCAGGGAUUCUGGGAUGGGGACCUGUAAAAUUCCUUGAUUACCAAAAUGCACACAUGGCUGUGGAGCGGAGCAGGGGGAUGAAGAAACCAGAGGAAAGGGACAGUGAUAAGGAGAGCAAAUCCUUGACGCUGGUAUUUACUGGGACAAGGUGAGGACAGCAACACUGCCAAGGUGGUCCUGUGAGCCUGGAAGGCCAUCCAAGAGCAGAAGUCAGGCUGAGGCUUGUCCCCACUCAGCUUCUUGUGUCCCUCUGCACUGAGACCACCCCACACUUAUCUGUGGCCCCAGGAUAUGGCUGGAAGGUCGGGAGAGCAGCCAGGACUUGCAGCCUGGUCCCCUGCAGCAUCCCCCACCCACACAGAACCAGUCCACGUCCUGCCACCAUCCCUCCUUGCAGGGCUUGUGUCACCCACCUCAUCCACCAACCUCUGCCCGUUCCCUGCCAGAAUCCCAAUUCUUUCCCUCCAAAACGUGCUCAAAAAUACAACGUUGUGCAGCCACCUUCAGGACUAAACUUCUGCGUUUCCCACACGUGCACAUCCCCGAGUAAAUCCAUACAUUCACCCCGGGAUGUGCAUAUCCCCGCACCCUCCAGUGCGUGCCCCCAUUCCCCCCUCGCUCUCCCCGCUCUGCCUGGCCCUCACUCCCGGUGCCCGGAGCCGUGUCCUGCCGGGAUUUUGGGCCGAGCCAGGAGCUCCCUGCCCCGGGGCCGAGCUCCGGAGCGCUUUCCCAGCUCCUCCCUCCCGCUGGCGGCCGCGGGGAUGGGCGGUGGCGGAGGCGGGCGGGAGCAGCGCUCCGCCCGCGGGGCCGGGCGGGCCGGGGCGGUGGGAGCCGAGGACAAAGGUGACCGUGAGCGAGCCGUGCCCCAAAGCCCCCUCGCAGCGUCCGACCCCGCACCCAGCGCUCUCACGGCCACCACGGCCGCGCGCGUGUCGUUGAUGCUGGUGGCCGCCGCAGACCGGAGGUAAGAGUCCAGGGCGCGGAGCCAUGAAGCUGAACGAGAGGAGCUUGGCCUUCUACGCCACCUGCGACUCCCCGGCCGACAACUCCGGCUUCCUCUACAAGCGCGGCGAGCGGCACACGGCCUACCACCGCCGCUGGUUCGUGCUCAAGGGCAACAUGCUCUUCUACUUCGAGGAGCGCGACAGCCGGGAGCCCGUGGGCGUCAUCGUGCUGGAGGGCUGCAAUGUGGAGCUCUGCGAUUCAGCCGAGAACUUCGCCUUCGCCAUCCGCUUUGGCGGCAGCAAGUCCCGCACCUACGUGCUGGCGGCGGAGAGCCAGGCGGCCAUGGAGUCCUGGGUGAAGUCGCUGUCCCGAGCCAGCUUUGACUACAUGCGGCUGGUGGUGCGGGAGCUGGAGAAGCAGCUGCAGGAGAUGAGCCGGGGGCUGCCCGGAGGAUGUGGGGGUUCCCAGGACGCUCCCGGCUCGUGGAAGCCGAAGCCGCCGGGGCUGGAGCAGUCCCGGGAGCGGCUGCCGGCUCUGCCCGCCAAGGAGAACGGCUGCGCCGUGUGGAACAACGUGCUGGGGGAGGACUGGCCGCCCGACGCCUCUGGCUGCGGUGGGCACGAUGAGGAGGGGAGCCCGCGGCCGCCGCCGCUGCCGCCGCGCAGGCGGGCGGUGAACGGCGAGGUGGCGAGUGCCAGGGCAGAGGGCCCGUCCGCCUUCUGCCGGCUGCACGAGCAGUACAGCCGGGAGGUGGCCCGGCUGCGGCAGGACUGGCAGCAGAAGCGGCGUGGCCCUCAGCCCUGAGCGGUGGUUGAGCCCUGGGAACCUGCCAGGAGCUGGAGCAGGUGGCCAUCCUUGGUGCUGGCCCUGUCCCCUCCUCACCCCGGGGUGUGCAGAUCUGGCUGUGGUGGUGAUGGACACCUGCUGGUGGGGCCAGUGAGGGCUGGCCAUCAAGGGACACCCGUGCUGCUCUGUGGUGGUGAAAUGGGCACCGCAGGGGUGCCCUCCAGCCAUGCCCCCAUGUGGGUUUGGGGUGCUCCACUCAGCACAAGCGAACUGCAAACCACUCAUGGACUGAGGCCUCCUGGAAAUCGACUGCUGCUCUGGCUCUGCUGGGGCCUCUUGGUGCUCUUGCAGUGGGAUCAUGCCUUGACAACUUCUGGAGGAGGAUUGUGGUGGGAUCUCACCCGUGUGGGUUCCACAAUGGAGAGCCUGCUACCAACUUCCCCUCCUGGCCCAGCACAAGGCUGAGGUCGGCUGAGCUCUGCCAGAUCCCUCUGCUCCAGCAGGAUGUGGUUUGAAAUGAAAAUAUCAGUGAGUGCAGCCCUUCCUUAAUGGCAGCAGCAGCUCCGCACGCUCAGGGGAGCUGGUGACACCCAGCCCCGGGCAUUUCAUAGGGAGCAAUUGCUGCUUGCAGCCAAAUAUGGGAGGGGUCAGACCCUGGGGGAAUUCAGCAGCUUCAGGCACUGCUUUGCUGUGGAUAUUUUGGGACAGCACAUCAUCCCCGUGCCAGCUCAAUAAGGGGAAGCAUCGCUCGUGGUGGCGAACGGGAACGUGUGUGUCAGCAGCAGAGCGUGAGGAGUGAUUCAUGUGCCAAACCAGAGCAAAGCUGGUGUCUCAUGCCUGUGUUUCUAUCUUAUUUCCACAUCAGAAACUCAAGCUGCUGGCCCAGAGGUGGGGUGAACCACCCUGGAGCAAGGGGGAGCAGUCAGGGUGCCCUGGCUUAAGGCUGGGUGGCUCCAGCUGCCUUUGUUCCCUUGGGACAGAUUUUUCUACAAUAAAAAUUGUUCCCUCCCAUCCACAGUCCUUGUUUGUGCCUCUAAACCCCUGGGGAGGGGGAUCCAGGUGGGAAUUAAUGCUUUCUUUUAGUCCUUCUGUGCCCACCAUGUCUGUGGGGCUCCUCAGGCACUGUGUCACCUGAAGGGGACAUAGCCAAUACCAGGGUCUUGCAGUGUCCUGGAGCCCCAUAUCUGCCUGCAGGGAUGGGGUGAGAUGGGAUGGGUCACCCUGGGAACAUUGGGACACCCAGUGCCAGGGUGGUCCCAUAUCAGGGCAUCUCUUAACCAGGACAAAAUAUCUGUCCCCUUGUUGAUGCUACACAGGGACCAAGGACUCUGCCCAUGUGAAAGUGGCCAGCAUGUCCCCAUGUCCCUGCCCACACAUCCCACCUGCAUGAAUGUCUCCAUCUUCCCUUUAACACGAGAUCUGGCAGAGGUUGGGCCAUCACUUCUGGGGGAAACUGAGGCACAAAGCCAGCCAGGGUCACCUGCUCACCAAGAGCCCUGCAGAACAUGGAGCCUGCUCCUGGCCAGGCAGGCAUCCCCCUAUGGAAUUUGGCAUUUGGAGCAGUGCCAAGGGCAGCCAGGGUGCAGCUGCACCCAGAGCACCCAGAUGGUUCUCGUGGCUCCAUCCUUCACCACAGGGGGAAGUUUCCACUCUCCAUGGCAGCUGGCACAGCUUCUCCAGACGUUCAGAUAUCCAUCAAAGAUAAGUCCUUCUCAACAUGUUCGCUGACAAACAAGCUCAAACAGAUAUGCAACAUAUGGAUUUAUUAAUUCAUCAGACACAAACAGCCCUGCCUCGUGUCAGAAGCUGCUGACUUGCCCAGUGAUGGUUGGCUCUGAACAAGAGCUGUGCUGGGGCACGGUGCCAUCGGCAGUGCCAGGCUGGACAGGGCUUUGGCAGCCUGGUCAAGUGGAAGGUGUCCCUGCCCGUGGCAGGGCGUUGGAGUAAGAUGAUCCUUAAGGUCUCUUCUAACCCAAACCAUCCCAGGAAAUGAUGAUUUUAUGAUAAACCAAGCUGCAAGUCAUUCUGGAGGACGCUGAGCUACCCCAGGGGCAGGAGCAAACCUGCAGCAGAGAUGAGCACAGGAAUUUCAUGGGGCAGGAUCACACCCUGAGCUGGACUAAUCCCAUUUAACACCUUUUUUUUUAUCCCCCAGCCACUGGGAUAAUGAGAGCUCUUACCACAAUCCCAAAGCAAAGCUGUGACUUCUGAGGGUGCCCACACUGGGCAAGUGUGAGAGGGGUUCCCAUUCCAUCACCUCCGGACAAAACACACGCCAAGGCCAGAGUCGUAUCCAACUUCUGUAUUUAGUGGCUCUUUACAGAACUUGUUCCUCCCAAAAUUGUUAAACAAAGUUCAUCGAUCUCAUAGAAACUUUUGAAGUACAGAACAUGAGCCUAACAAAAACGUGACCGGUGUGUCCCGCUGGCUUUCAUACAACAGGAUUGCCGUGCUCAGGACUAUCCUAAGUGCAUCCUCAAAUCCCACUAAAGCUCCCUCUAGCACAAAAAGGAGAAGGCAGUCAGUGGUCACACCUCCACCUUCCACAGCACGGUGGCAGAGCAGCCGUGGGCAGGAGAGGCGGGCAAGGAGAGCUGUGCCCUCACCCAGCAUUGCUCGUCCACCCGAGUACAAAAAUACCCGAGUACAAAAAUACCUUCUAUUCUGAUAAAAACAUCUGCAGUGGAAAAUCAGUCAAUGCUUCGCCUGGGAGCCUGGCAGGGCCUUGGUGGGUGAUGCCAUGUGUGCAGGGGACAGGGCAGAGCAGCCCAGAGUGGGACACUCCACAUUGUUUAAAGGCAUUUUGUUAGCAGAGGCCGGCUGGAGGUGGCAGGGUCAGGGAGGUGACAGGGAGCACACCGGGAUGGUGCCACCACUGAGCUCCUCUGUCUGCCCAGGAUCAGCCCUGGAAAGCCAAGGAUCAGUGAUGCUUUGCCCAGCUCAGGGUUGAGCUUGCCCAGUUUAGGCAGGAGCCUGAUGUGACACCCCAGAGCUCAUCCUGGCAUCACUGACAUCCGCUACCUGGGACACGGCUGUGGGGAGGGGACGCUUUUCCUGCCCUGGUGAUCUCCCUAAAAAAGUGCUGGGCUGUGAUGCUGGAGCAGCCCUGAGCAGGGCUCAGCCUGGAGUGGGUGGUUCACGAUUUUUGGGUGCUCACCUCAAGCUCUGCUGCUCCAGGGCCAAAGCUCAGAGGCUCCACCUUUCUCUUUCCUGAAUGGACAGGGAACCGGGAUGCCAUGACGUCCAUCCCCAGCGAGCUGGCACCAUCCUCAAGCAUCACACCCAGGGACAUUUUCCCAUCCCACUCCCAAAAUCCCAAGCUCACUCAGGUUGCCUUCUUUGCUUUUGCCUCAUUUUCUCUCCUCUGGGAGCUGGCACGAGCCUCACCACGCCGGAUGGGAGCUGCCACCGGCCGGAGGAAGCGCGAGGGACGGCGUUGGGACCAUGCUACAUCUUGUUCCAGAAGGCUAUUGCAGACAUUUCUACAACAUAUACAACCGCACGGGACAUUCUGUGUUACAAAGGCUUCCAAAAACAUAAACCACCAGAACUAAAUACAUACUCGAUGGCAUUGGGGCUUUAGAGU